UCGCGUCUCCAAGCAAAGAAUCAUUUCCAAAGUGUGCCACAUAAAAUAUUUCUGUUUUAAGACUUCUUGCAGUUGGAGUGUACAAACUUCUCAAGAAAAAUACGCUGUGGAUUGCACUCCACUACUCGAAUCUGCAUAGCUGCAUCCCAUUUAAAGAUCAUAUCGGAUCAGAUCAGACCAGAUCAUCAGAGCCACGCACUACUGCAUCAUGGCCAGGGGAAGUCGAACACUCCAAUUAGUAUUCCUAGCUUUAAUUGCUCUACUAUCGCAAUGGCAAACGACAACUGCGAUGCCCGUCACCAAUGAGGAACUGCGCGGCACCAUUCAGUCGCUGAUCUAUUCGUACAACCAGCUCGACAAUAAGCUGGAACGGCACGAGCAUCGAGAGCGUGCCCUGGGGGAGCUGCUGAAGAAGGCCCUGCAGUCGCUGCAAAAAGGCCAGAAGAGUCUGGAGCCCAUCAAUGGGAUAUUCGGAAGGCUAGACGAGCGGGUCAGCCAGAUCGAGACCAUGCUCAUCACGCAAGAGGAGAAAUACAAUGCCCAGUCGGAUCGGUUUAAUCAGGCUACCGAGCACAUGUUCAAAUGGAUGCGGGAGAACGACGAGUGCUUUAAGCGUCCUCCAGCUAAUGCCAAUUUGAUUGCGGCUGCCCCAGCACCAGCGGCCAUUCCCAAUGAGUUUGUCAAGGAGCAGCAGCGGCUGAACAAGCAGCUCCUCGAGGAGAUCCAGAAACUCUCAUCGAGUGUGGUCUCUCUGCUGGACAGCAGCAAACAGGCAGCCGCCCAGACCCAAAAGAACUUCGACAGCAUGCCCAAGGCCACCGAACUGCUCACCCAGAUCGAGGCGAAGCUCCAACAGCACUCAUCCAGCGUCACUACUGCAGCUCCGCCAAAGAACGAUGAGUUUGAGGCGCAGCUUCUGGAGCGUCUCAAUGCUUUGGGUGGUCAGGUGGCCAAACUGAGCGAUGCUCCACCUCCAGCUGCUCCUGUUGGCCUCAAUGAGAAGGACCGAGCGUACAUCCAAGAGUUGAAUAAUGAUACUUUGAAUGCCCUGGCCAAACUGAAGAGCGAGACUGUUUCUGGACAGCAAACAGCUUUGACCCAGACGACGGAACGUUUGCAGCAGACUGAGGCCAAUAUCCAGGCAUUCUUUGCUUCCGCGAACGAGAGCAACAGCAAGCUGAACGAUGGUUUCGAGGCGUUGGGCAAGUUCAAUAACAUCUUGAUGACCAAUUCCGAGGUGGUGCUAGACAUGCAACGUAAGGUGGAGUUCGGCACCCUGCAGAUUGUGCAGCGGGUUAGCAAGUUUUUGGAGGAACAGGUGACCGACUUGAAGGCUGUGCUCAACACACGAUUUACUGCUCUGGAUGGGGCCGUGGUCAGUGGUCAGCAGGAGACGACUCGCAACAUUAGCGGGCUGCUGGAUACGGAGCUUACGCAGGUGUGGCAUCGAAUCGAGAUCAUGUCCAGUGAAAUUAGCCAAAGCAGGGAUCUGCUGAGCAUCAUUCAGGCCGCUUCCGAUGGCUACAUAAACAGCACCUUGGCCACAAUGAUGGGUCUGGGCGGCAAGGUGGAGGAGACAAAGAAGCACAUGAUCGAUAUGGACGAGAACCUGAACUUCCUGCUGGGUAAACUGUCGCUGAUGUCCAGCGAGUUUGCCAACAUAAAAAAGGGCCUUGCCGACUCGCUCGAGGAUCUGCGCAACUCCUUCCAUCUCCUGCACGAGCGCAUGCCGACGGGUCCGGGGCCGCACAACAUCGAGAAGAACCAGUAUCUGACCGACGUGAAUCUGCUUUCCAAGCGCCAUGCCCAGGAGUAGGAGGCAACCACUGCAAUCAUAAUUAACAUUUAACAUAAAUAAUACAAUAACCUUAACCGUAGCGCUUAAGGACGCCCACUUACAACAUACAACAUAUUUAUGCAAU